CGCGCCUCGUUCCCAUCGAUCCGACCCCACUCGCCGGCCGGCCGCCCGGCCCGCACGCUAUAAACCAAAAACGGAGCCCAUCGUCGAUGCGCCACCUCCUGCUCCGCCGCCGCGCGAUGCCGCUCCCGCCGCCGGCUUCACCGCCUCCGCCCCGGAUGCCGGGGGUCGCCGGCGCGCGCCUCUUCUCCUCGCUUCCGCCGCCGCUGCCCCUCCAGUCGCGAAGAGAGGUGCAUGUUUGGUACCUUCUGCCUGAUGAGCUGAAUGAUGCCUCCCAACUGAAGAUGUACAUGGACCUCCUUUCGCCUUCUGAAAGGAAGGCUGCUUUGGCUAUGAAUGGAGAAAAGUUUCAGAAAGGUGCAGUGCUGUCCCGUGCACUGGUGCGCACCACACUCUCGAGAUAUACAGAUUGCAAAGUUGAUCCAAGAUCAUUUGAGUUUAAGAAAAACAAAUUUGGCAAACCUGAGAUACUGUGGCAACCUGAUGACAACAGGAUGGGAUGGCCUUUGCAUUUCAAUAUUUCACACACAUCUUCUUUAAUUGCCUGUGGCGUAACCAUGGAUACUCCUAUUGGCAUUGACAUUGAAGAGAAGAAACGGAAGACAAAAAAGAACUUUUUAUCUCUUGCUCGCCGUUAUUUCACCCCAUCUGAAGUUGAUUAUCUAGAUAAAAUUCCGGAUCCUGAUGCUCAGCAAAAGGAGUUCAUAAAACUAUGGACUCUUAAAGAGGCAUAUGUUAAAGCUCUUGGAAGGGGGUUUUCAGGCGCUCCUUUCAAUAAGUUCUCAAUUGUAUUGGCAGCAAAAAAUGGAAUCCAAAUUUCUGUGGCACCAAAAGUAUUCAAUGAUUCUGACUCUUGUGACUGUUUGUCCGAGAAUUGGCAAUUUGCACUUGCAGAGCUAAAUAAUUCUCAUUACAUGGCAGUUUGUGUAGAAGAUGACUCAAGAAGUUCAGAUUCUGGGAAUGGUCGUCGGCUACCUCUAGCAUUGAAAAUAUGGAAGACUGUUCCAUUCCUAGAGGAUACACUUGUUUCUGGAACAGAAGCUGUAACACUUAUCAGUUAGUAUGUGAGAGUCUGCUAUUGCCUUAUGAUUUCACCAGAUUACAAUGUGAUGCAACGAAUUCAUAUUUUGGAGAAGUAUGCAGGGAAACUCUGAACAUUCUUCUAGCAUUGAUUAACUUAUUGCUGACAUUGUGCCUUAGUAGGGACUUGGGAAAUGCAACAGCAUAUAUUUCAGAGUCCAGGUAUUCAUAUUAAGACUGUUUAUUAGCUGUAGCCUAUCACGACAAACUAUUUUGGAAGGAAUAAACUGUAUAAACCAUUUGUUACCGUUGCAGGCUUAUGUUUAUUUUCAACUGGUUACUCAAAGAAGUCAAAAUAUUCUGUCUGAUGUAUCAUUGGAAAUGAUACUUGCAUGUACAUACUUCUAUA